AUGAGUUUGACGGACGGAAACUUGGUCACAGCACCACACUUGGUCACUGCACCUAGGCGCGAUCUGCCUUUACCUCGACCUGUUUCGAGAUGCCAGUCGACUAAAACCGAUGGGAUUGGCAGGUCAAUACCUCCCUUACCUCGACCUGUUUCGAGAUGCCGGUCGACUAAAACCGAUGGGAUUGGCGUACGAGCCGCCAGAGGUCAAUACCUCCUUUCCCUCGACCUGUUUCGAGAUGCCGGUCGACUAAAACCGAUGGGAUUGGCGUACGAGCCGCCAGAGAGACAGUAUUUAAAUACCGCUGCUGCUGUAUUUAGAUGCAGUGAAGAUGGCAAGGUGCUAUUGAAUACCUCACUCAAUGGCAUGGACAAUGUUGGCCAACUCUUUGUCCAAGACCUGCCACCACUUUCACAGCAGCAACAGCAACAGCAAAUGAGGACUACAACAACAAUGACAAGGAACACCAACAUCAUCAUCAGCAAUGACGAUGAGGACAACAACAACCAUCAUCAACAUCAGGCAUCCAUGAUGAUGAGGAUGAGUGAUUGCAGUAGUAGAAGCAUUAUUAGGAGCAAUCAUAGUGCCUGCUGCACAGGACUGCCUGAGGUCAUCCAGUUCCUCAUGAAGGACCACCCAAGUGUCCUGGUCCUUGGUGGCAUGAACCCCAUGAUGGGCUUGGGCUUCACUGCAGAAACUGCAUCAUAUGUGCUCCAGUAUUUCCCUCACCUGGAGCGUUGGUGGGGCAUCACAAGGCUGCCUGAGCCAAGGGUCCACUUUGCUGCUGUCUUCUUUGAUGGCUGUGUUUAUGUUGUGGGUGGAGCAGUGCCCCUGCUUGUGCCAGAUGAUGGCUACAAUACAAAGGCGACGCCUUCACAAAAGUGCUGGAGGUUUCAUCCAAGCCAGGGCACCUGGGACAUGCUGUCUGACAUGCCUGAGGCCAGGAUGCAUCACUCAUUGCUGGUGUUUCGUGGCAAGAUCUAUGUAAUUGGCGGCAUUGGAAGUGACAAUCAGCUGAGUGCUGCUGUAUAUUAUGCAUUGAUGUGGAUUGAGGGCCCUGGGCUGCAGUGUCCCAGGGGUUUCCUGCAAGUGGCUCACACAGAACAGAAGUUGUUCAUCAUUGGUGGGGCUGGCAGACAGCAGUCAUCAGCUAGCACUGCAAGCAGCACUGGCGCCACCCCCUGUGGACCAUCACCUUCUGCUGCCACUAAUAGUCAUAAUAAGGAUCAGCAGCACAAGCAACGUAGUCGGCUUCCAUCAUCCGCACUGCACCAGUUGCUAAGCAGCAGGAUGCAUGCCGUGUCCACGGUGGAUGUGUGGGACAAUGACACAGAGGACUGGGUGUUUGACCUGGAGAUGGACGUGCCAUGCCAUGGACAUGCCGUUGUGGCCCUGGGUGGAGAAGAGUUCCUGGUCAUUGGCGGCAUGACCUGCAAGAGCGCCCACGUAAUGCAACGCGUGGCCAAGUUCAACGCCACCAACAGAAAGUGGCACCAACUCCAGCCACUGCCUUAUGGACUCACCGGGCAUGCCGCCGUCCUCCUGCCACCCAUUGCGCCAUCGUCGCGUCGAAGGUGCAAUUAAGUCAUCCUAAUGGAGGCAUGAAAUAUAUACACACAGCACCUUUCCAUUCUCCAACAUCCAUGGCAAUCACCUUUAUUCCUUCACGGUCCACAGCAAAAAUAUCCGCAACGGAACUCAGGUGCCGGUCGGGCAAGAAAAACGCGAGCAAAGUUCCAGUCCAAUAAUGAUUUUAUGAAAUGAAAACAUUUUGGCAGCACAAGAAACAUAA